AUGGCACCGCUGCCCACAUCAUCAUCACCACCACACACGUUCGUCGCGCGAGAGAUACCACCCUUAUGGAGCGCGUACAUGGCAGAGAACAAACAUCCGACGGCCGCCAUGUGCUUUGCCAUCAUUACCGUCACGCUGCUCGUUGUCGCGUUGCUCAUGGGCACAGGCCGCCGCUGGCAAGAGUGCAACGGAAGCGGCGCCUUCAGACGGCGCAUCUGCCAGCGCUGUCGAGACGUGGCCAACGCGCGCGCGGCCAGACUUCGAUUGUGUGAGGCGGAUAGUGUAGAGUUGAGCACAAGGGGUGCUGCAGAAAAGGACUUCGAGGGACCGACUUCGUGGCAUGGAACGAAUGUGCUAAACACGUCGUGGGCGUGGAUGAGUUGA